AGAGAAGCGGCGGCGCUGAGCGGAGAGCGGCGGAACGGGCAGCGAGGAGCUGGGCGGCAGCCGAGUCAAGUCCCACCACUGCCGUGGGCCGGAUGGGUGGCACGGUGGGGCUUGGGCCCGGGGACCCCCAGGGUGGCUGAGCCAUCCCAUGGCGGCAUCAAGUGCGGGUGCCUUUGCGUGGGUCUCCUUCCCCUCCAUGCCCACACGGCGCGUGUACUGCAGCGCGGCGCACCACGAUGGGCAGCUCUUCGUGCUGGGUGGCUGUGGAGGCAGCGGGAGAGCCCUGGGAGCAGCCGAGGUGCUUGACCUCCAGGCCCAGCGCUGGACCGCGCUCCCUCCGCUGCCCACGCCACGGGCUGGUGCUGCCACCCUGGCUGUGGGCAAACAGAUCCUGGUGGUGGGCGGUGUGGAUGCCUCGCAGAGCCCCCUCGCCUCUGUCGAGAUCUACCAUGUGGAUGAGGGCAGGUGGGAGAAGGCGGCAGCGCUGGCACAGCCCUCCAUGGGCAUCGCGGCCGUGCAGAGAGAUGGUGCCGUCUAUGUUCUGGGGGGAAUGGGAGCAGAUACCUCUCCGCAGGCGCUGGUUCGCGUCUAUGAGCCGGCGAAGGACCACUGGCAGCCGCUGCCCUCCAUGCCCACACCAUGCUAUGGGGCCUCUGCCUUCCUGCAGGGCAACAAGAUCUUCGUCUUGGGGGGCCGGCAGGGCAAGCUGCCCGUCACCGCCUUUGAGGCUUUUGACCUGGAGACAAAGAGCUGGACGCGCUACCCCAGUGUGCCCAGCCGCCGCGCCUUCGCCUCCUGCGCCAUGGCUGACAGCGUCUUCUUCAGCCUAGGGGGGCUGCAGCAGCCAGGGCCACACAACUUCUACUCCCGACCACAUUUCGUUAACACCGUGGAGAUGUUCGACCCCGCGCAGGGUGCGUGGAGCAAGCCCAGCCGUGCCAUCCGCAUGAGGGAGAAGAGAGCUGACUUCGUUGCUGGCUGUCUGGGAAGAUACGUGGUCGCCAUGGGUGGCCUUGGGAACCAGUCGUGCCCGCUGGACUCAGUGGAAGGGUUCAGCCUCACACGGAAGAGGUGGGAGCUGCUGCCCCCCAUGCCCACUGGCCGCUGCUCCUGCUCCAGCUGCCCAGCCCCUGACCUGCUCUUCGUCAUCGGUGGAGUGGCCCAGGGCCCCAGUGGAGCUGUUGAGGCUCUCUGCCUGCGUGAUGCACCCUGACAAUGGCUCUUCGGCCUGGGGAGCAGCCCCAGCAGAGCAUCAAGUGCCUGAAGACGGGGACAGGGUGUGCAGGGCUCCAAGAAGCUGCCGUCCCGUGAUACCAAGUACUGCAGCAGCGUACUGCAGCAGCCACGGUUUCUUGCAACGCACCAGAAACCCCUCCAGGCUCCCACAGCAGCGGAGUCCAGGGGCAAAACCUGGUGCCCAGGGUGGGACAAGGCUGCUGGCAUGGGGAGCCAUGGAGGUAGGGCUGUCGCUGGCCAUGCUGCCCCAUCCAGCCCCGUGUCCGUGCCGUGUGUGUAGCAGUGAGUGCUGUGUCGUUGUAGACCCAGUCGAUGUCUCAUGUAGCGCAGAGGUGCCCUGUAGCUCAGUGCCUAGGAGGUGAUGUAGCACCUCAAAUAAAUGAAACGUGAAGUUUUAGCUUA